AUGACCAAGCGCGUCUGCCAGCGCGCCACGUCGUUGAGCCUGCCAUGCGUCGUUCUCCAUGGCCUCCUCCGCAUGAUGGGCGAUGCGUGCGACGUGGUUGCGUUCCUUGAAGCGCUGUCGGUGUCGACGCUGCCGCCCGAGCUCAUCGCGCUCCGCGACCUCGGCGCCGUCGUCGACCUCAACGAGCACUGGCCGGGCGUGCAUGUGGUAGACGUACCAAUCGAAUAUGCUCGCCUCGCCAUCGAUGCGCUGCCAGCUUUCGCCAGUGUCAAAGUGGACGCUGGCUUUACCGCUCUUGCGUGGCUCGGUGCUACGCUGCCACCGACGAUGCCGGCAUCGCUCGUCGUGAACGUGUCCGUCCCUGGCAACCAUGCCGCCUUGGCAUACUUCUGGGGCACCAACGUCGUCGAAGCGACUGUCACAGGACCCGAGUUCGACCUCGGAAUGAUCCCGGACAUCCUUGCGCGCUGCGUCCAUCUUCAGUAUGCGACGAUCGAGAGUCAAGUGACUGCCGCGAACUUGGCGGCGAUUCCGACUGCGAGCUUGCGUUCGCUCAAGGUGACGGCCCCGGAACAGCCAUUGGUCGACGCCACGGCCAUCAUCGCGUGGCUACAAGGACGUAGCGCCACGUCACUCUCGCUCGACUGCGACUCUGUGACGGACCCAGUGGCGCUCGCCAGUGCGAUCCACGCGAGCUCGACGCUCCAUUCGCUGAGCUUUACGAGCGCACUUGACGUCCAAGAAGCUUUGGUGGCGUCGCCGCACACCUUACACCACAUCACGGCGCUGUCGGUGCACGUACUUCGACGUCACUGCGAAAUGGUGCGCCAGUUGCUCCAAAAGCUGGAUCCAAACCAGGUGGUCUCGGUCUCUGUCGACCUGGACGAGGAGGACGAUGAAGAUGACACACCACACGUCACGCAAAUCUUGAAUAUCGUCGCAGCGUGGCCCGCGCUUGCUUCUCUGAGCCUCGACUACAUGUGGUUCGACGUCACGACGACGACGGGUGUCUGGCCGCAGCUGGCGACUGUCGCCGUGCGCAACGUCACGUUCAACACGAAGCAUGACGCCGUCAAGCUCAUGCAGCAGCUCUCGACCUCGCGCUGCUUGACUAGCGUCGACUUCAGAAACACGGAGAUCGGGACGGCUGGGUUUAUCGAGCUGGCGCGGGCGCUGCCGGCGUGGAUGGCGAGAGGCCUCGAGACGUUGAAGCUGCUAUCGACACAGAUCGGUGACGAUGACGUUGCCGCGCUGGCCGUUGCGCUCGCAUCCGGUCGCAACACACGACAUCUGACGCUCGACCUCUCGGAGAACGAGCUUACGCUGGCGUCCAUAAAGCUCCUCUUGACAGCGCUCGGCGCGUGCCACAACGUCACCCUCCAUGUGGACGAGGACGCGUCGACUCCGACAAUCCGAGCUCUUAUGGAGCAGCACCACCUCGUGGAGACAUCUCUGGGCGUCUUUGUGUCGCCGACGCGCGCAUCGUCACCGUGGCAUGCGAUGUGACGAUGGUUAAACCCGAUUUUAUAACUUCAUUUUGCG